GAUCACUGUCAGCGUACAAACUCCGAUUUAUAUUCACAAUAAACAAACAAACAGUUAACGAAUUUCGCACAGAGCUCACAGCUCGACUCAGAGCUAUAAUACUGAUUGAUUAGACGCUGAGCUGUUUAUUAGUAGCGCUGCAACCGCUUGGUGCGUUCGAAAAUUGUGUUUAGUACAUACGAAUAACCCUAAAGCGUACAAAUGUCGCUAAGUUUAGAAAACAUAUUUCCCGAACGCGAUCCUGUGGCGCAGCAAUUGCCGCUACUCGGCUCACCUGUACCAAUCAUUGCGCUAACAUUGGCCUAUCUCGCCAUCGUGCUGGUCAUCGGACCGAUUUUCAUGCGCAACCGCAAGCCGUAUAAUAUCAAAAAAGUGAUUUUGGUCUACAAUUUUCUACAAAUAAUCGGCAAUUGCUGGCUAAGCUAUCUGUUCAUCGUCACAUUUUAUACGCGCCGUGCGGAAGUGCCCGAUUUCGGUUGUCUUUCGAAAUAUCCUAACACACCGACGCUACAAAAGCUCAACAUACGUGGACUUUACGCGUUCUACCUCUUCAAAGUGAUCGAUUAUGUGGAGACGAUUUUCUUUGUGCUGCGCAAAAGCUUCAAGCAAGUGUCAUUCCUGCACAUUUACCAUCACAUCAUGAUGAGCAUCUUUGUCUACUAUCUGGCCACCUAUUAUGGUAGUGCGGGUCAAUAUGCCAGCGUCAUUAUAAUGAAUUGUGCGGUGCAUGGUUUCAUGUACACGUAUUACUUCAUAUCGGCUCUAAAUAUGAAUAUGGGUUUGUGGUGGAAGAAAUACAUUACAAGAUUGCAGUUAACACAUUUUGUGCUAGUUCUACUGCAUCACUCCUAUCCGUUGAUCUUUCGGCCGCAAUGUGACUUUCCCAAGGGCUUGCUGUGGUUUGCUGUGUGUCAAUCAUUGAUAAUGUUGUGGCUAUUUGGCAAUUUCUAUGUGCGCACAUAUUUGCGAAAGCAUCAAAAAGCGGCCGUGUCUGCUGAUAAAAAUAAAACUGUUAAAACGUAUUAAAGCCAUUUAAAGCGAAUUAAAAAUAUUAAAAUAAAAUCAGUAUAUGAAAAUUUUAAUUCAAAAA